AUGACUUCUACCAGCUACGAUGUGGUGGAGGACGAUGACUACGACGUCGAUCCUUCCCCCGAAGAGCGAUCCAACAGCCUCCGAAUUCCACCACUCAAUGAUUCUGUCGUGCGACACCUUUCUCCCGAAACCCCUAUCCACAGCACAUGCAGCGAGGUUCCCGUACCUCUCAGCCACCCUACCCCAGAUUUGCAGUCGAUACAAGGAGCGUACAAAGGAAAUGUAACGCGGUUAGAGGAAAGUGCGGAGCAGCUGAGCUCGUGCUCCGCGGACAUUGAGAGCGAGAUCCGUCGCAUAGAUCAAGAGCAAAAGCGACGCUCAAUCAGUUCCGCGUCGAAUUCAUUGAUUCACCGGAAUGGCGCGUUCUCCCCAGCAGCGACAACUUCCUCUGCCCAUGGAUCGAAUGUAUCCCCGGCCCGCCAGCGCUCCGUAUCAGGGGCGCGUCUGGCUCAGCUCUCGGAGCCUGCACAUGACGAGCAUAAGCUUGAGGUGGAUGAAUUUCCCGCGCUCCCCGAUCUUCCCCCCUCACAACCCCUUUUCGAUACAAAAAACGAUUACUACGACGACCAAUAUGUUCCGCAAGGAGCCCCCGCAGAGACAGUGUUGGAGCGCCGGGCCUCGGUCGCAUCCGGCGAUACCUACCAGCAAGCGCGGACACUCUUCACUGACUUUGACGGCGUCCAUUUCACGGAACCGGGUCGCCUGGUUUCUUUGGAGCAGCCGCCGCUCGCCCGCAAGCCGGAACAUUACAAACGACCGCAAGCAGGAGAGAAUAUGGUGUUUUAUCCUGCCCCUGUCCCACGCAUGUUGAAUCUGCCACCAAAGUUGUCGCGGAAGGCAAACAUUGACCGGGAUAAGCGUCGUACGCAGAUUGCAGGUGCCAUCGCCGCUGAAGAUAGAAAGCCAACUGCUGUGCUCCUUGAUGCAGACCAAAAAGACCCACGCGAUGGCCGUGACGAUAAACGCAAAUCGACAGUGCCACCACAUCUCCGUGCGAGUGUGUUUUUUGACCAGCCCAGCACAUCACUUCAAGUCGCGGUUAAGCAAGAUUCUGCGGUUGCUACGCUGGAUAGCAUUUUGGACGCCUCUGCGAAUGCGCCCGUUUCGGCUUUCACUGAUCACCCGUACGCUGGUCAUGUCGGGUCGGUCAUCUACGGCAAACCAAAACGCAAGAGCUUGGCAAAACACCUGACAGGGCAAAAGACAAAUCGUCUUUCGCGAGCCACGAUUGGUCAGCCGUAUAGCACCAACAAUAUAGACGAGCAUGGGGAUCCCGUAACUUCGCGAUAUGGAUCGGAAGCCGGAAAUGACUCGGACAGAAAUCAUGAUGAGCACGGCCAUGAGCGUGGGUCCGAAGACACUGAUACCGAAAGUGAUCAGCAAUCUGAAGACGAAGAGGACGAGGACGAAGGAGGGUUGGAUUAUGUCAGUCCACCGAACACGCUCAUCGCCGAAUUGGAGUUGCGGAAGCAUGAGUUGAAGCACCGACGCCGGACGGCUGUGCCUUUGAAUGGUAUGCGGAGCACUUUGUUGGAAAUUGACGAAUUGGCCCAAAAGCAAAGUGACAGCCGCCGGCAGCGCCCCGUCGCUUUGGCCUGGGAAGGGCGGGACGAAGACGACGACGUUCCUUUGGCUGUGCUAUACCCCGAAAAAACCAGUGCCGAGAAUGAUGAUCGUCCUUUGGGGUUGAUCGAAAAGCGCGAACUGGAAGAAAAUGAGCCACUGAGUUCACGCCGUGCCCGACUAAAGGGUAAACAACUCCCGCAGCAGGAGCAACGUCCUGCUACAGUGUAUACGCCAGGGCCCCCGGCGCAUGUUCCUGAGCCAGCCGCCCAGAGUGAUGAUGAGACUGAGAUAGAAACCCUCGCCGAGCGGCUGCAACGGUUGAAGGGACACAACCGCUCGGAGAGCAAAUUUGCUAGCGACCUGAUGGCCGAGAUUGACUCCCGAGCUGGAAUCGCGCCCAAAGAACCCCAAGAAGUCCCCACCGCCAACGAGGAAGAGACACUCGCACAACGACGCAGUCGACUGCAGAAAGAAGCCGCUGCCCAACUCGCGCCCCAAAAGAACCCGCGAAUGCGUCGAAGCAUGGCUGCGCUUACACAGGGUCGUCGUCCUUCCCAGCUUAAUCGCCAGUCUUCGUAUGAUAUCUUCAAUCAGCGACCUGUCACCAUGUCCCAAUUUGGAAACCGCAUGUCUAUGCAACAAUUCCCGACACAAAUGGGAUACCCGACACUUGCAGGAUACCCGAUGGCACAGCAAUAUGGAUAUCCCAUGAACCCUAGGAUAGGCGUGAAUGGUAUGGGGUACGCUCCAAGCAUGUCACAACAUCCUGGACCGGUCAAAACCGACGUGAUCGACCGCUGGAGGCAAAGCAUUCAUUGA